AUGGCUCUACGCGACUGGUACGCGGAUCGUGAGCUGCUCCUAACGGGAGUCACCAGUGACGUAGGACGUGCGUUGCUCGAAAAGAUUCUCCGUUCGUUCCCCGAUGUAAAGGUCUACGCGAUCGUCCGGUCCCGGCACGGCAUCAACAAAGACGACAGGAUAAAGAACAUCUUUCUGUCGCCACGAUUCGAGAGACUGAGACAGGAAGCCCCAAACGCGAUUUCUCGGGUGAAGGCGUUAGAGGGUAAUUUAUUGUACGAUGGACUGGGCACGACGAGGGCGGACAAGGAACUGUUACGAAACGUGAGCGUGGUGUUGCACGCGGCUGGUCCGUACAACGAGGUAUUUCGACUCUGCCAGAAACUGCCACGUCUUCGAGCAGUGGCAGCGAUCACGAGCAUUUUCCAUCACGAGGGUCGAAUCGCCGAAUCGUUAGAGAAAGAAGAGGAGGCGAUCGACGGGCCCGUGGCUCUGGUGCGAGUUCCGCUGGUCGGACCGGCACUGCGCGAGCCUAUGCCUGGCUUCGUCGAUCUUCUCAAAGGAUCGACGGCUCUGAUGGUAGGAGCCGGCUUCGCUCUCGGUAACUCGAAGUUUCAAGCGGAAAUCAUUCCGAUCGACUUGACGGUCAACACCCUGAUCGCCGUUGCUUGGGAACGAGCCACCACAAAGAAUGUAGAGACCGCAGUGGUGUGUAACGCGGUCUCUAUAGGAUGCACAUGGAGCGAUCUGAUUAAAAAAGGUCGACGGGGUAAUCAAAAGUUUGCAUAUCCGACCUUCGGCAUCCGAGGAAUGACAUCUAUGGUAGCGCUGUAUCGGAUUCUGGUGCUGCUUUUCGAAUGGUUGCCAUCUACGAUCUGUGACACGAUUCUCGGACUGAUAGGAGCAAAGAGAAGGUUUCUCGAGGAACACCGGAGAGUUCGUAAUGCACUUCGAUCCCUUGAGUCAAUUUCAUCGAGGCCGUGGUCAGUAGAGAGGAAUCGCGUGUACUUGCUUCAGCAACGUCUCACCCCAGAAGACCAAGAUGCAUUUCCGGUUUCCACGGAAAUCGACGUCGAGAGUUACGUUCUGUGCGCUGCCGCUGCUGCCAAGAAGUAUUGCGUGGACGAGGGUAAUAUCAGCCUCGUAAAAAUCUUCCGACUACUUUUCUUCUUUCUUAUCGCGGUAUCCCUCUUCUGCGCGUUCUUCCUCAACGGAUAUCACGUGCUUGCAAAGCGCGAUGAACUCUGAGCCAGUUUUAACUUCGCACGUGUCAUUGUACAAUUAAGACGUAAAAUUUACCUACGCAUUUGAAGUCUGUGUUCGAACCUCGGAGUAACGUGUGUACUUUUCAAUAGCAAUAGCACAAAAGCUAUCUUAUGACACUUUGUCCUUCCAAUUAAUACGUUUAAUUGUAGUAGCUUAAAAUACCUUGCGAUAAAAAAGCUGGAAAUACGUGAAAUUAACAGGAAGAGCGUAUUAUGGUUUUGCGUUUGUAGCUGUAUAUUACGCGAAACUUUGUCAAGGAAGAUACGCGGUAUAUCGAUGCGUCUUCCGAACGGUCAUUGUUGUACAUAACGAUAAGGAAAAUGGCCACAAUAUAUAUAAACCUCAAAUUCAAAAUCAACCACCCUGACGUAUUUGUUUCUACGUACAUAUUUACGUUGGAUUAAAAGCAAUUUUUACGCCACACGGAGGUCGCUAAAAAACGAAGUAAUUUUUCCCCCGAGUAGAUUCCGCUUUGGUAAAAGGAAGACGCUGCUUACAAGCGGAAAUCCGUUCGCUCCUUUUCUUUUUUCCUCUUUAGAGCGUACAUCUUACUACGAAUGUAGUCGUAUAAUAACGCUAGAAUCCAGCGAGUUAAUUUGAAUGCCGCUCUUGCCGAAGACGAUCAUGGUAUUGCUCAAACUACCGGCCGAAUCGUCGAAGGAAAAGUUUGCACAGCGAGAGAAAUUCGAUCCUUUCAUCCAUCCAUCAGUCUCUUUCUCUUUAUUUCCCUUUUCUCCCUUCCCUAUCAAUUAUACGCCUUUGAUCGUAUCGCUUUAGCGUGCUUCGACCGAUAUUCGUGCAAAUGAAUUGCAUGCAUUUUUUAAAGAAAUUUAUAGUAGCUUUAAUUUCAGAAUUCCUCUGUCUCAUUUGUAUCAAGUUUAGAAGUAACUAGCGUUCGCGUGACAGGUCUGCGACGUGCCCAACGCGAUCACCCUUUGGGUGAAAUGUAAAAUUGAAAAGCAUUUGCAGCUACUACGAUACUACAUAUUUCCGUAACUUUCAGACGAUCGGACGUUGCCAGAUUUUAAUUCCAAGUUCGUCGGUGUCAUCGUCAUCAGUCAGGUUAGUUUAAUCUCCGCUCGCGAGGCAUCGUGUCUCGCUCCGUUUUUGUUCUUCGCUUUACCUUUUCAAUGCAGAAAAUUUCAUCCUCCUCGGGAAGAACAACUUGGAUUCUUCUAUUCUAUUCCGUCACGCUGCACCACUUCGUACCGCGUGCAAGACGAGUCAUUUAAAAUCAAAUGGUCGUCUAAACUCGUCGUUUCCGUAAGAAUGAAAAUUACUGUUACACGUUAAAAUAUUACGAUCCAUCGAUAACGAUUUCAUCCCCGAUUCUGACGCACGUAAAGCUGCUUAAAAAAAAUAAGUUCCAUUUCAUCGGACAAAUAUCUGAAAUUGGACGUCGUAAACAGAGAUAGUAGCAGGAGAGUAGAUUGGGAAACGAAGUUACAAGAAGGGAGAAGAAAAUUAGGUAAAUCCGAAAAUACCUAGCAGCUGAUUUUACAAUUUAUGAUAAAAAGUCAUAUGGAAAUGUAUUUCGCGAAUACAUCGGUAUUCACAGUUUCGAAUAUAUAAACGUGGUUGCAGUCGAGCCGAAUGUACGGCAAAUAUUCGUGAGAAUUUUCCAAGACGUCUAUACACAAGAGAAUGGUAUACUGGUGAAAGUUUGCGGCAGAACAUCCACGACUACUUACUUUCGCAUAUAACCAAGGAACACAUAUCUCUUGCAUAUUUCUUCUUACGUAACGCGUUACACCGAGCCACGUUUAUCGAGCUGCACGAUCCGCCACGCCGCGCCGCACCGCGCAACCUGGUAAAACGCAGAGCUGACCUGGCUUGAUAAUGAAUUUAGUGACGAAAAUGCCAUCGACUCUCUGAAAGACCGAGAAAAUAUUUGUAUCGGGAAUUUUAACCUUUCGCAAGAUUCCAUGGCUCGUCAAAUUAUCGAUAACUAUCCGUAAAGACGAAAAUGAAAAUAAUUUAAUAUAAUUUGUUGUAUGUGUGUACGUAUAAUUGUGUGUGUGUGUACGUAUAACAUUACGGCCGCUGGAAAAAUAGCUUAGUAAUUGUAUUAAAUAUUGGGAUUACCGUGAUACUUUUAACGCGAUAAAAUCGUGACAUUUCACGAGCAUUGUGUAAGUUGAGAAAAAGUUUAAGCUCUCAGAUGACCGUUAUCGGAAAAAACUCCGGCUGGGAAAGAUUAAAACAAAUUGGAGGAAAUUCUCGCGAGAGAAUAAAAUAAUAUGGCUGGGAAUGAUCAAGAUAAAAACGCGACGUGCAGCGAAACGUACGAACGUAAAAUAACGUGGUUAUAUAGGGAUAACAAGAAACUACAAAUCCGGUAUUUUUUUCUAAUAUAACGGACCAUUAUCUAACGAGCGAGAAUAAAACGUGUUUUCGUAAUUUACAUUUCACAGGUGUAUAUGAAAGGCAUUGGUGUGUAUGGCACCACUGCACGUGGUCUUAGUCUCCCGGGGAAUGACGAAUAUCUCGCUUUAAGUAGAAUCGCAUAACAAUAUAUACGUACGUAUAUUAUGUAUUAACGGCGAAAGAUGGCAGUCCUUGGUAUUCCCAUCAACGUAACGAAGGAGCAAUAACCCGACCCGUUUAGCACCCCUCUGUUCUAUCAAAAACUUGGUUCGCGUGACUGCAUGGUAGGAGGAGCGGCGAGUUAUGCUUUUAAAAUCCUGUUACCAGUUGCGAGCGCGAAAUUUAACAAAGAAACUUACAGAUUAGUUUCGCGAGAUAUAAUUGGAAGUGGUGUCUGGAACUGUGCCUUCAUAAUAAUAAUUGGAGGAACGUCUGUUCUACGAAACGAAGUUCCACGAACUGACUGGCUGGCUGGUUGCCUGGUUGUCUGCGUAACGGAGGCCUAGAAACAGGAGGGAAGAGGCGGGAAAGGGGUGCGUUGGAAGGAGUAGCGAGAAAGAGCUCGGGCUGAAAAGGAGUAAAAGAAAGGAAGCAGAGAAAGGAGAAGAAGACGGAAGAUGAAAAAGCAGGAGGAGAGAAAGAAGAGAAAAGGAGAAAUGAAAGAGACGCGAGCGAAAGUACGUAUUCAAUUUCAUUGCAACGGGAAUGAAUAAGAUGUAUAUAUUUACGUAUACGAAUUGCCUCUCCAGGCAAGUGGCUUGCGUUGGCAUAUACGAUGCUGCUACGACAAAAUGCCGUGUCCCGGCAAAGCAACAUCAAAGCGGUCCCUCUAAAUCCAUUCAACUCGCUUUAUUUCCACAGAAAUAUUUUUGCCAGCAUUAAGUACGUCUACUUCUCGAAUCGCGGCAUCUCUGUGUCGCAUCGCAUCGCAUCGCAUCGCAUCGCAUCGCAUCGCAUCGCAUCGCAUCGAAUCGCAUCGCGCCGAUGAGUUUCCCUCGACGAUUCCCUCGUGAUCUUUCCUCUAAUACGAUUUCUCGCUCGCCGAUCUUUAUUCCGAAAUAACAAAUAGUCUCGCUGAUUCGAUGAAAAAUGAGUUUUCUCCCCCUGUCGACGUUUUAUCUUCGCGACCUCGUGACUUUCGCUCGCUUGCCCGGAUCCGCGGUAAAAAUUAUCAUAACUCGGCGUGUUUGCAGAGGAAUCUUCCUUUUAAAGGCGUCUUUCCAUUCGAGAUAUUUGGUCUAAAGCGAACUCGAAUACAAGCGAUCGUUCCAUAGACUGUUUCGUCGGAAAUUUUCCCAUGGAUCUUAAAUUCGUUUCCGAAAAUUCGACUUUUUCGCGUGUCAUCGUUUUCAUGUAUCACAUGGCAACGACGCACGGGUUUAAAAUAUCUUCAAGUCCAUGCCUUUAAGUUCUUUCACUGUAUCGAUGCGUCUUUGCUUCUGUUGGCGUUGCUUCGCGCUAAACGAAACAUUUCAACUGCGAAAUUUGAAAAAGGACGAUAGCAAGACGCGAUAUUGAGUUUUGAGAACGAAAGUUAUCGUCUUUUUUCUAGCGAGUAACAAGUUUACUAUGCCAAAAGAGGAAGAGAAUGAGAAAAAUCCAAGCCACGGUUUUCUUUCGACUGCGUUGAAACUUUUAUACUUUUAUUUCCAAAGUUUUCGUAAUUAACGCAGUCGCAGAGGAGUUCUUUAUUCCGACAAAGCGUGAUUUUAUCUUCCCAUGUGAUCGCUCUAACCUUAAAAAUUCCUUUUCCUAUUUCUAAUCGGGCGCGAUUCUAAAAUGGACAUACUAUGAUCUUAAUACGAUAAUUAAUUGCAAAAAUUGCAAUUCACGUUGCGUGUAAAACAAUUUGUACCUAUAGUUGACUGCGUUCGUAAUCCGUCGGGAAUUGGCGCCUCAAUUUUUUGAAAUAUGAUAUCAAAUGUACACGUCGAGUAAUAAAAUGAAAAUAAUAAACAG